UGUAUUAGACCAAGAAAAGUUCACCACUAAAUAAUUCAACAAUAUUCGCCAUAAAGGAGACUCAUUCUUGCUAAAUCCCCCACAAAACAUAAGUCUCUGCAUCUCAGACCACAGCAUGUAUGCUGUUAAGCCCUCUGAACAUAUGCUGCCGAUUCUGGUGCUCCUCCUCGUCUCGCUAGUCCCUCCGGCCAUUUCUGCCUUCGACCGUCUGCGCGUGGACCUGACCCACGUCGACGCGGGCCGGAACUUCACCAAAUUCGAGCUCCUGCAGCGCAUGGCGCUCCGAAGCAGGGCCCGGGGCGCGAUGCUCGCGCCCAAGGCCGCGGGGGGUUCCGCCAAUUCGAUAUCCACAACUGACGUGCCUGUCUCGCCGAAUGCCGGUGAGUACACCAUCGGAGUUUCCAUCGGCACGCCGGCACAGCCUCUUCUGCUCAUCCUUGACACUGGUAGCGAUCUCGUCUGGACGCAGUGCCAGCCCUGCCUCUCGUGCUUCGACCAGAGCUUUCCUUUGUACGAUCCUUCACAGUCAUCCACCUACUCGCGGCUCGCCUGCUCCAGCAAGCUCUGCCAGGCUCUUCCACUAUCCGCCUGCCACGCACAAUGCCUCUAUCUUUACAGUUACGGCGACAACUCAACCACCGUCGGCACUCUCGCCAGCGAGGCCUUCACCUUCGGGUCCGCUAACAACGUCACGGUCCCAAACCUCGGGUUCGGCUGUGGGUUUCUCAACGGGGGCAUCUUCAACAACGAAUCCGGGAUUGCCGGCUUCGGUCGCGGGCCCUUGUCUCUCAUCUCUCAGUUAGGAGUCGGAAAGUUCUCUUACUGCUUCAUUUCCUACGAUGACGACGAUUCGAAGAGCAGCGCACUCAUGUUAGGAUCAGCUGCCAAUCUAAACGGCAGCUCUACUAACUUCCGGUCGACUCCGUUCAUUAUGAAUCCUUCACGGCCAACCUUCUAUUACCUCUCUCUCGACGGUAUAACGGUCGGCACGACCCGUCUACCGAUACCGAAGUCGGCAUUCGCGCUGCAGCAAAUCGGGACUGGCGGAGUGAUCAUAGACUCCGGCACGUCCAUCACACAGCUAACCACGGUUGCUUACAAGCUCGUGAGGAGCGCCUUCUUGUCACAGGUGAAGCUGCCCGUGGCUAACAGCACCGCAGAGGGCUUCGACCUUUGCUUCUCGCUGCCGUCGUCUCCAUCAGCAAAGGUGGACGUGCCGAAGCUGAUAUUCCACUUCGAAGGCGCAGAUAUGGAUCUGCCGCGCGACAACUACUUGCCUCAGGAUUCCAGCGUCGGUUUAAUGUGCUUGGUGAUGUUCGAUUCCGGCGGCAAAAUCUCUAUAAUUGGUAAUUUUCAGCAGCAGAAUAUGCACAUAGUCUACGAUCUGGACGAUCAGAAGUUAUCUUUUGCUCCUGCGCGGUGCGAUCAGCUGUAAUCUUAAUUAAUGAGUGAGAUUGUUUCAAUUGAAGGUCUGUUUCAAUUGAAAGGUCCUGUAUUUCAUAAUAAAAAAAAUAUAUAUAGCCCUGUUAGUAGAUAUUCCAAAGCUCGAUUGCUUAUGUCGAGCAUUU